AUGGCUCACCUAGACCCUACCGCAAUCUCCGAAGUCAACGGGGCCUCUGUUGUUCAAGCCUCGCCUGAGGGCGACUCUUCCAGCAGCGAGGGUACUGCCAAGGAUGCUGUCUCGUCUGAAGAGCCCACCGAUUCUGUCCAAGGACCCAAGAAGCUCGAAGCAUCCCCGGAAGUCAAGGCUGUGAGCCAGUCCAACGAGUCUAGUGAUGGCGAUGAGUCUGACCAGAACAAGUCCGACCAAGGCUACGAGUCCGGCAAGACCAAUGCCUCAGGCAAUGGCGGUGGAACCAGUACCAUUGAUGAAGUCAACCUUACCCCUCCGUCUUCGACACCGGAACAGCAAACCGAGCAUCAAGAGCUGCCCGUUCCCAACACUUCCGAGUCCGAGGACAAGAUAGGCUCGGCCAUCGCCCAGGAUGGACACAAUAAUCUUCUCGUAGCUUCAGAGCUUGGAACCGUUCAGACCCCCAAGAAAAACAAAGUCGCACCGCGUUCUCCUGCAACUGAAGUCGAGAAGACCACGGUCACCACGAAGAACGGAGAAGGCGCACCCCAGGGUAUACCAGUGACUCUUCAAGAGCCACCCACACUAUCCAGGCCCUCUUAUAGUGUCCCUCCCCACCUUCGUCCACGGGUACCUCAUCAGUCCGGUCUCCAGAACUCUAGACAAAUGCCACCGAGUGAGCUUGUUAGAUUCAAUAAGGGUUAUCGUGGCCAGUCCAAUUAUCCCGCGCAUGAGCCCAGACGCGACACGGUCAACCGUGAACAGUACACCAGGAUCAGUGCCCAGCUGAUGAAGGCGAACCAGGACCUUGCCGAUGAGCGUGCCAAUACCGUCAUUAUGCGAGAAGCCUUGCAAGAAGAGUACAACGUGAAGUUCGAUGCUGCUUCUGCUAAUCUUCUAAGCAUCUAUAUCCGGGAACAGGUGGAUGCCAUCUUCGCCAAGACCCGCUUCCAAGCCAAGGAGGCCGAGCUGAAGUUCCGCGAGGAGAAGAUUCAGCAGCUCGAAGUCUUCCUGGCAGAGGGACAGAUGCAGCUGGCCAAGAAGGACGAGGAGGGCGGUGGAGAGCCGAUGAGUGCUGUGCAGACUAGGCAAAUCCGCCGUGAAGCGGUUCUGGCUACCAAGAACGACUUGGCCAAGAAACAGGCUAGGGUCAACGCUGAGAAAGAGUUGGUUGAUAUUACUAAAAAGGCUCAGAAGACGCGUGAGGAGUGUUACAAGACACUCAUUCGUGAGUCUCUGCAGGCUGAGCUAAAUAAGACCGCCGUUUCCAAGGACAAGGCCCACGAGACUGCCAAGGUCGCAUACCACGAUGGAUUCGCUGAUGGCAAAGAGGCCGGUCGCAAGGAAGUAGUACCAAAACCAGACAAUCAGCAGGACAACUUCCUCGAGGGAUACCGCGUAUCCCAUGUCACGCAGGUUCUCAUGAGCAAGUUGCGCCAGGGCAAGAUCCCCGCGGAUAGCCCUCAGCUCGACUUCCUGUUCGAUGCCAACCAUGCGUACAAUCCUUGUACCAUGGGUGAGCGCUUGGGCCGUAUGGAAGAUGGCAAUGUCACCACCGCGGUUCCCAACGGCAAUGAUAGUCCUACCGGCCAUGCUACUACCAACGGUCAUGCUUCUCCCACUGGCAAUGCUGCUUCCAACAGCCAUGCUGCUCCCAACAGCAAUGCUUCUACCAACGGCCAUGCUACUCGCAACACCACGGUCAUGGAGCAGCCAACCACCAACGGUAGGAUUGACGGCCCCGUCCAGCAGGAGCCCGAGGAGCCCGUUCACCGGAUGCCUCCUCCUCGACUGACCUUCGCCGCUGAGCUUCGCGGUCCGACCCCGAUGCACAACGGUGACUUCAUUCUUGCCAACUACCCGGCUGCUUCGUCUUCUACUCAUCAGGCACCCGUUCAGCGUCCCGCUGUCCAGCCCCAGGAAGGUGAGAACCUGAUUGAUCUCUUGUAG